GCCGAGUCGGGCGGCCCCUUUUCCACCAGAGGCGGCGUCCGCCGUUGGGCGAGAGGUCGGAAGGAGGCCCGGAGCGGGGGAGAGGGGCGGCCGGGUGAACGGGCGGCGUUUCCCUUUGUUUGGAACAGCCCCCCAUGUGCACUCGCCAUUUAUCGCGAUGUUGAUUGUGGCCCCUGUCGGGCAGAUGUACAAAGGGAGUCGGGCAGAGUCCUGUCCUCGCUGAAACUCUCCCAGCCCCCGCUCCAGGUCGCCUUCACCUCCAGUCCCUCCCGGCUGGAGUAAAAGUCCAACCCUUCAGCUUCUAUUGAUGAGACUUGAGGAAGAGUGAAGCAGAGAAAAUCCUGUAAUGGAGUCAGGUCAGGACCAGGCUGAUGGGUUACAAAACAGAAAGGAUGACUUAAUUAAUUUCGGCAUCCCUGUGGAUUAUUCUGUCGAUUGCACAAGAAAUCAAAGAGAAGGGCUACAGGCAAAUGACCCUUUAGAACUACUGCAUAGUGGCACCGUGGAUACCCAAUACAGCAUGUGUAGUAAGAACACACCUGGUGACUUAGAGACCAACACUUUACCUCAGACUGACAAGGUUCACCUGGAUGAUGCAAUCUCAAGUACUACAGUCACUGUCUCUUAUGUUAAUCGGCCCCACCUGUUCUCUUCCCAACGGAUACUACAGCAUUCCUUGCAUGAACAACCAUUGCCAUCACUCUUUAUUCCAUCUGUUUGUGUGCAGUCGCAGCAGAUAUUGUCAGCCUCAUUUGAUUCAUCCGCGUCUACCAAUUUUGUUGACUCAUCAUUUGAGAACUCUGUUUUAGCACAACCUGGUGAUCUGGAAUCCAUUAGAAGAGGACUUGAAAAUGGAAUAGACUGCAGCACUGUGAACCAACACAGACUAAAGGCACUGGACCUGGAUUUACCUUUAGUGGCAACCCCUCUCCAUGAAUCUGAUAGUCCACUUGAACAGAGAUUAAAUGUGACAGAGGAAAUUUUGUAUGAACAAUCUAGUGCUUCUUCCGAUGUGGAAAUACAGGACUCUGUGUGCCAGUUUUCUGGAGUAAUGGGUCAGGAAAAUAAGUGGAGUGACUCUGUAAGUUCUGCUGAAACUCUAGAUCAAAACUCAGAAGUGCUUGUAAUGAAACUGAUUGAGUCAGAGAGCAGACCAACCAACAACGAACAGUGUGAAAGCAAAACCCUGCUGGACAGGAUGGACCAUUCUGAAAUGCAAAAUGGUACUGAUGUCUUUACUGGGAUUAAAACCUCUAGCAGCCAACAUACAGAGAGGAAGCUUCAGCCUAUGUGCAACUUAAAUACAAGUUACAAAGAUCAGACCACAAUGACGAUAAAAACAGAACAUAAUGAACUUUCAGAGGCAGCAGUAUCUGUUAACUCUGAAGAAAGCCUGAGUGGGGACAGUUAUGGUAAAACAUGUGCAAAAGUUUUGACAGAAAGGGAACAUGGUGAUUCACCUUUUUGUGAUAGAAGUAAACCACCUUCAACUUCCACACAAUUGUCACAAAGUUUAAGUGCAGAUAGUAACGAGAGGGCAGACACAGAAAGUAUCGGGACCAACACAUCAUCAGGUUGCAAAGUGGCACCCGAUGCAUGCUGCAGUGACGUGUUGCAGAAUUCAGAAAAAGGUAGAUAUACUUCAGAUAAAAUUGCAGUCCUUCAAACUGAUAACAUAUCACAACAAAGUACAAAAGCUGAAGAGUGUUUACAUGACCAAGAAAUAGCUUUAUCAUUUGACCUAAAGAAUGGAGAAAUGCAUUGUUCAGGAAAGGAUGCUAUAGCCACUCAAAAUAGCUCUGUGCAAGCUCGUUGCAGCUCAGCCGAUAAUACGCUUUGUCCAUCUAGUGGAGAUCUGGCAUCAAAUAUUAAAGUAACUGAACAGUCUCCAAAUCAUGAAAAUAAUUGGAGGGAACCCCAAAAACAAACUUGUGCUAAUGAUACAGAUGAUAACCUCCUUGUGGCUGAACCAAAUUUGAUCCCCGAAUCGUCACAGAUAGUUAACAAUGUACGUGAGAAUAGCAGAAAUUCAGCCUCAUUCAAUAAACAAACACUUCCUUCCUUGGCGAAGUCAUCAGCUUUGGAAAGUAACCAUCCCAGGAUUAAGCCCUGCUCUCUUGAAUUGCAUAAGCUAAAUGUUCUUGAAACUGAGGGAAAGUGUGAUGUUCGGGGAUAUGUGUUAGAUCUGAAAAGGAAUAACGUUGCUUCAAUGUCAUGUAGCAUUUCUAUGAGUCUAUCUUUAUCCAAGUCUGGCAAAAGCAUUGGUCGUGAAGAGGAGGCAGAACCUGCUGAGAACUGCGACAGUAAAGGUGGCCAGAGCCCCAGUAAUGAUAAUGUAUGUAAAGCCUUGUCUGUCCAGGCAGAGCAGCAAAUCCCAAAUAGGAGAAAGCAGACCUUCAUCACGAAGUACGAGGACAAUGAGGUAGUUUGCAUCUCUGAUGAGGAAGUUGUUGAUUGUUCGGUUGCAAAGACUGACACACAACAUGAUUGGAAUCGGCCUCAGGUUCGGGAUAGUAAGAAAAGAAGGGUGGCAUGUCAACAGCAUUUGAAUCGGACGUUUGAGGAUCGACCACUCCAGAAUGCUGAACCCAAGCAUUUUGAAAGGAAAAUUUUGCCACCAAGGCAGAGAGGAAUGAGACUGGAGCAAAUUGUGCAAAAUAUAGUCACUCAACCGAAGUCAAGAACAUCUAAUAGCCUUGGUGAGAGACUGAGACGAAGCAGGGAUGGAUCAAUUCCUACUCCUACCAGGUUUCAACCGCCGAGACACAAGUCAUCUAGUUCCGUUGCAGAACAGAAGUCCAAAGGCUGUGCUGGAUCUCUUCCUUGCAUCAAGGAUUCCUCUCAAAAAAUGAGUUUAGAAUGUAAAAUGCAAGAACAAUGCGAACUGAACCAAGAGGAAGGCAGCACAACAGCUGUGGAGAAACUGAACAGAAAUAAAUCUACCUCAAUUCCAAGCUCCUGUCACGGACGUGCAACAAAACUGAGCACUCCAGUUUCCUUUGGCAAGUCUUUAUGCAAUGCAUCUUCGUCUUCAAAGCAGUCAACAGAGACCCACUGGGAGGGGCGUACUUCAUCCGACAAGCAUAGGUUCGGUGAGCCUGAGCUCAAAUGUAUAAAUGGGAACAGGAGAAAGCACUCAGGAAGCUCCAGGAAUGCCUGCGUGUCAUCCCGGCCACGAUCUUCCCAGCCAAGAACGUCGGGCACAGUAAGGAAGAGAGUACAUAAAUCAGCGGGUAAAAAGCGGCAGUCACAGCGGGGACGGCCCUCGAUGUUCUUUGCACCUGAAGAGCCUGAGAUAAAACUCAGAGCCUUGUCUCUUAAGGCUGAGGAUCGUCGAGAAAGAUAUGAUAGUUUUUCACCUUAUGUUAGGGUAGAAGCAAAGGGUUAUUCAAUGUGUACAGUAGUAAACUAUUCCGAAGAGGAUAAUAAUAAUCUUAAACAAAAGAAACAUUCCCAGCAGCAGUCACAUGGUGCAGUUCCAAAAUCAUCUUGCUUGACACUGGGCUCUGUAGUAAAUGAGGCCGCUCAUAAAAGCUUUCUAGUCUGCUGUCUUUGUGGCCUGUCUGCAAAUGCAAUGGAGCAAGGUGAUCUUUUUGGACCUUUCUAUCCCAGGGGAUAUACAUCUUCCAGUAACCAGACUUCCCGAUCAAAAGGGGUAAAGGCUGAGCAAGCUGGCACUGUUGUCUCUAGCUCUACUUGUAAUUCCAUUAGGAAUGUAGUAAAUAAAACUACUGCACAAAACCAAGAGUCUAGAACGAGGGAAGGGGCAACGACUCGUGGCCAGAAACGUAGAAGUGUUGAUGGUGUGGAAGAGACCUCAAAAUGUUCAGAAAGUAAGAAGGCCAAGAAUGAGCCAACUUUGGAAGAGUGGUACCAGCCCCCAUUGGUCCCAAUGGACGCUAAUGAAUAUUGGAUGCAUGAAGACUGUGUGACUUGGUGUGCUGGUGUAUUUCUUGUAAGAGGAAAGUUAUAUGGGUUGUUGGAAGCUAUCAACGUUGCACAGGAGACGUUCUGUUCCAUGUGUCAGAAGACUGGUGCCACUUUAGGCUGCUACAUUAAAGGCUGCCCUCUUAAGUACCACUAUGCCUGUGCUGUAGAUAGUAAAUGUUCCCUAAAUGAAGAUAAUUUCUCAAUGAAAUGUGCAAAACAUAAGGACAGAGCUCUGAAAGUUUCAACAAAGAUGGAAAGCAGGUGACAAUGAUACUGAUAUUCAAGUUUGCUGAGCUGUGGUUCUUCACAGACUGCUUGGAGAUGGACAUGCUGUUUUGUGAGAGAAAUUCAGCUGCCACUUGUUGCCUUCACAGUAAAGCAAACUGAAGAUAUUGAAAGAAAGCACUGUGGUCUCCCAUGUCCUUUAUUGCAGCUGUUGGUUAAGUAGAAUGAGUUAAAUGUUCAUGGUACUUCCAAGACUAUAUGUCAAGAUAUGUUAAACUGAUUGAGUUCCCCCCAAAUGUUAACAAGGCUGUUAUGAUGGG